AUGCCCACCCAGUUGAAGUCAUGGAUGAUAUAUCAGCUUUUGCGUCGGUGCCCCAGGAAGACUCUUCAGGCGGUUGCUGAUGUUGUCAACCCAGCCUUGAAGUGCGAUUUCUUCCGCCGUCUUCCUACCGAACUCAGUCUCCAUAUUCUCUCCUACCUGGAUCACCGCGAUCUUUGCCGGGCAGCACAAGUAUCAAAACAGUGGCGCAAUAUCAUCGAUAGCAACGAAACGGGUUGGAAGGAGUUGUUUGAUCGGGAUGGGUUUCAGCUUGCUCCUGGCGAACUUCAAAAGGCCAUCGCCCAAGGGUGGGGCUGGCAGGAUCCUGUUGGCGCGUUGGAAGGCGAGGUCGACCUGAGCCAGCAUUCCAGACUGACAUCAAGCGAGUCGGAGCUGUUCAAGUCUGCCGCCAAGUCUGAGAAGUCAGACAAGGCCGACUCCAGCCCUACUCCCAAGAUAAGGUCUUCGAAGCGCAAGCGUAACGCAGGCCACUCGAACACUGAAAGAUCCAAGCGCCGCGUCAGCUUUCAGGACCUCAGAGAAAGUUUUCAUCAAACCCACAGAUCCGAGGGUCCUAUUUCGACGAGGACAAAAUCAUCAACCGGUAGUGACGACACGCUGAUCCAUGUCUACGAUACAAAAACCGGCAAGCUGCGUACGAAACUCGAGGGCCACGAAGGUGGAGUGUGGGCUCUCCAAUACGUCGGAAACACGCUGGUUUCGGGUAGUACCGAUCGGUCUGUCCGUGUUUGGGAUAUCCAAAAGGGCAUUUGCACCCAAACAUUCUAUGGACAUACGUCUACUGUCCGUUGCCUGCAAAUCCUCAUGCCGACGGAGACCGGGGAAGUGAAGAAUGGCGAGCCGGUCAUGAUGCCCGAGAAGCCCUUGAUUAUUACUGGUUCUAGGGAUAGUCAGUUGCGCGUCUGGCGCCUUCCAGAGCCGGGCUCUCGCCGGUACAUUAUGAACGGACCUGCGGCUAAUGAAGAGAACUGCCCGUAUUUUGUCCGUAUUCUUCAGGGCCACGCGCACUCUGUCAGGUCCAUUUCGGCUCACGGCGAUAUUCUCGUUUCGGGCAGCUACGACAGCACCGUUAGGGUUUGGCGCAUCAGCACAGGCCAGCAGCUCCAUGUUCUGUCCGGCCACAAUCAAAAGGUUUACUCGGUGGUCUUGGAUCACAAGCGGAACCGAUGCAUUUCGGGAUCUAUGGACAGUUACGUCAAGAUUUGGGAUCUGGACACGGGUGCAUGCUUGUACACCUUGGAGGGGCACAGCUUGCUGGUCGGACUUCUCGACCUGCGUGACGAAAAGCUGGUCUCGGCCGCGGCAGAUAGCACGCUGCGCAUCUGGGACCCAGAGAACGGGAAGUGUAAGCACACCCUCAUGGCUCACACUGGAGCGAUCACGUGCUUCCAACAUGAUGGCCGCAAAGUCAUCUCCGGAAGCGAGAAAACAGUGAAGAUGUGGGAUGUUCAAACCGGCGAAUGCAUGCAGGAUCUCUUGACAGACCUGAGCGGGGUCUGGCAAGUCAAGUUUGACGAAAGGCGGUGCGUUGCGGCAGUGCAGCGUGGCAAUUUGACUUAUGUUGAGAUUCUUGAUUUUGGAGCUGUCCGAGACGGAGCUCCGCCCGAGGAACUCGGCAAAAGAAAACUCCUCAAUGAGGCCGAAGUUCAACAACUCCUGCUUACAGAAGGAGAAUGA